AGCCGCUUGGACUCGGGCCGCCUCGACGCCCGCCCGAGCGUCCCGCUUCGGCAUGCGAGUGUCCGUGGUCACCUGCGCUGGGCGCGAGGCCUCGGGAGAGGGGCGCGUGGACACAGCCGUCUGGCCUGCGCGGGCCAAUCUUGCGGCCAGAUCCUGGUUUGCGUGCGUUUCGGGCUCCCAGCCGGGUCGGGACGCCCCGUGCACCCAAGGCCCGGCCCGAGGCGGCCUCGGCGGCCAUCUGGAGGCCGGGUGCCCAAAACCACAUACGCACAGCCUCUCGGAGUUCCGCGCCAGAUGCACUGGGGCGGCGCUGGACCACCACUGCGCCUCCGGCGCCACCUCUGGCAGGCGCGAUCCUCACAGUGUGGAUCACGGUUGUAUCGUGCUGUGCUCCCCGACGCCCUUCUGUCUCCCAGAGGCCGCGGCUUUGGAUGCCGACCCGUCGUGGCAGCUGCGCGACGUGCUCGCGGCGGUGCCCGCGCAGGGCGGGCCGCUCGACAGCCGGAGGCGCAUCUUCUGCGGCGGGGCGGAGCUGCGCGGGAGCGCCACCCUGGCCGAGGUGGGGGCCGAGAGUGGCGCCGAGCUGAGUCUGGUGGUGACCGGGCGGUUCACGUGGUGGCUGGGUGCUCUGAUGGGUCGGCGAAGAUUUGGUCUGCGGGUUCCGGGGAGUGCCUCCGCACGCUGGAGGGCCAUCGUGAUCAGGUGACUUCGGUCACGUUCUCGCCGGAUGGGCAGGAGGUGCUGACCGCUUCGGACUUCGAUGACUGCACGGCGAAGGUCUGGUCAGCGAGUUCUGGGGAGUGUUUGCGCACGAUGGAGGGCCACCAGGAUGGUGUGUGGUCGGCCGUGUUCUCGCCCAGUGGGCAGAAGGUGCUGACCGCUUCGAAGGACGGCACUGCGAAGAUCUGGUCCACAAGCUCUGGAGAAUGCUUGGUCACUCUUGGUGGCCAUAUGGGAAGCGUGUGGUCGGCCGCGUUCUCGCCCUGUGGGCGCGAGGUUCUGACGGCUUCCAGUGAUGGCACAGUGAAGAUAUGGUCCGCGGACACUACUGAGUGCUUGCGCACGCUGGAAGGCCACGGUGACAUUGUGUGGUCGGCCGUGUUCUCGCCGGAUGGGCAGCAGGUGUUGACCGCCUCCCGCGAUGGCACGGCGAAGAUGUGGUGUGCGGGCUCAGGAGAAUGCCUCCGCACGCUGCGGGGCCACCGUGUGUGUGUCUGGUCGUCCGUCUUCUCUCCCGACGGGCAGCAGGUGCUGACCGCAUCGGUCGAUCGCACCGCGAAGGUCUGGUCCGCCGGCUCUGGAAGGUGCCUGGGCACGCUCGAGGGCCACCGGGGUGGCGUGUGGUCGGCCGUGUUCUCGCCCGACGGGCAAGCGGUACUGACUGCGUCGGACGACGGCACGGCGAAGAUUUGGUCUGCUGGUUCUGCGGAGUGUCUCCGCACGCUGGAGGUCGACCAAAGAACUGUGAUGUCGGCCGCGUUUUCCCCGCUGUAGUUUGGCCCCUCGCGUGCUGAA